AUGAAAAGAGGCUUUUUCAUUUAUGAAGAACCUUUGGUUCUAGAGUUUCUCCUGCUUCAUUGUGACUUUAUGUUUUUUGAGGAUAGGGAUAGUUGGAGUUGGCGUCAUUCUAGUGACAGGAUCUUCUCGAUCUCUUCAACUUAUCAGCUUCAGUUGAUAUUCAAAAUGGUAAUAGAUGCAUAUGUAGACAAGAAUAUUCUUCGCUACAAACAUAUCCAGCUGCUCAAGAUAAGUAAAGAAGUGGUAAUAGAUGCCACAAAUAAGGGAAACAUUGCACGGAUUAUAAACCAUUCUUGCAUGCCAAACUGCUUUGCAAGGAUUAUGAGUUUGAGUGAUGAGGAGAGCGUGAUUGUUCUUAUUGCCAAAACUAAUGUUUCUGCUGGUGAAGAACUAACAUACGGUUUCAUGUAUAGAAAAAAGUUUAUUUCAAAAUAUGCAAUUGAAUGGAAAAACGUUAUAUAUAAACUUUGGUGCAUUUAA